AUGACGUCCAAUGAACCUGUUGAAAACAUUAAAGCAUUACUUGAUCGUGAAAAUGCAAAAGAUCCAAAUAUUCAUAUUACUUAUACCAUUCAUGACUCUGUUGAAUUUCUUGAUGUCUUAAUUGAAAAUAAUCAAGCACAAUUAAAAACAUCAGUUUUUCGUAAACCAGCUGCCGACCCAUACAUUUUACCGUAUACGUCGGAUCAUCCACGUCAUAUUCAUUCCAAUACAAUCCAUACAGCAUUACUUCGAGCUAUUCGACUUUGUUCAGAUGUACAAACAUUUGACCAAGAACGAUUAAAUAUUGAAAUAGCCCUACUCUUAAAUGGUUAUCCACUAAAUUUUAUCAAACGUCAUUUAAAACAAUUCUUUAGAAAUCAUAAUGCUAUGUCCAUCUAUCAAGAUAUACAUGAAGAAACCUAUAAGAAACUACAUCUACAACUACUUGAUGAAUCAUUAACUCAUCAUAUAGGAUCAAAUCAACCAGAACAACAACAACAAUAUGCACAAACCAACCGACAAUGUCAAACAACCACAUCGAAAAAACAACCAUACAUCAUUAUACAUUACCAAUAUGAAAGCGGUCCGUUACCACCUGAUGAAGUCCCGCCAAGACAGAAACAGCGUUGUCGUGGAACGGCGAUUUAUUUUAAAACAUACAUGUUUGAUCCUUUUGUGUGUGAAUCAUGUAUUUACGGAUGGUAUUAUACCGCCAGUAUGCUUCAAUCACGAUAUGCUCACACAUCCUCCGUAUUACAAAAUGGAUACGUUUUGAUCGCUGGCGGAUACGACGACUAUUGGAGUUAUGAUCUAAAUAAUGCUGAGUUAUAUGAUUCUGUAGGUGGAAGUCGGGCGCCCACUAGUAACAUGAAUAAUGCACGACAUUCUCACACAGCAUCUGUAUUAACAAGUGGAAACGUGUUGGUUGCUGGUGGUGGUACUGGUUAUAGUGGUGUUCUAAAUAGUGCUGAGUUAUAUCAUCCAACAACAGGAACUUGGACAAUCACUGGUAACAUGAAUAAUGCACGACGUUGUCAUGUAGCGUCCGUAUUGACAAAUGGAAAUGUGUUAGUUACUGGUGGCUAUCGCCCUAGUAAUAGUAUAAAUAGUGCUGAAUUAUAUGAUCCAUCAACAGGUACUUGGACAAUCACUGCUAACAUGAAAAAUCCACGAUAUUAUCAUACAGCAUCCGUAUUAGCCAAUGGAAAGGUGUUGGUUACUGGUGGAUUCGGUACUAGUAGUUCCUUAAAUACUGCUGAAUUAUAUAAUCCAUCAACAUUUGCUUGGACAAUCACUGCUAACAUGACUAAUGCACGACAUUAUCACACAGCAACCGUAUUAGCAAAUGGAAAGGUACUGGUUACUGGUGGAUACGGUACUAGUGCAGCUCUAAAUAGUGCUGAAUUAUAUGAUCCAUUAACAGGAACUUGGACAAUCACUUCUAACAUGAAUAAUCCACGGUAUAAUCACAUAGCAUUCUUAUUAACAAAUGGAAAGGUGUUGGUUAGUGGUGGCCUUGGUCUAGGUGGUGGUGCUUCAAACAGUGCUGAGUUAUAUGAUCCAUUAACAGGAACUUGGACAGUCACUGCUAACAUGAAUAGUGCACGGAUUGAUUACGCAGCAUCUGUAUUGACCAAUGGAAGAGUGUUAGCGACUGGCGGUUUUAGUAGUAGUGGUACUUUAAAUACUGCAGAAGUAUAUUAUCCAGGAUAA